AUGGCUCGCAACAGCGAAAAGGCGCAGUCCAUGCUGUUCCGCUUCCGCGCGCAGCAGGCGGCGGACAUGGGAAUCAUUGAUAUGGGACGGACGCGGCGCCCGAAGGCAAUCCAAAGCAUCGACUCGGUCCCCACCUGCGAGCGCUGGCGCGGCCAGGUCCUGAAAGAAAUCUCUCGCAAGGUCUCACGUAUCCAAGAAAUCACCCUGAGCGACUAUCAGAUCCGCGACCUGAAUGACGAAAUCAACAAGCUCAUGCGCGAGAAGUGGGCGUGGGAAAUGCAGAUUCGCAAUCUUGGCGGCCCGAACUACAUGCGUGGUACUGGGCGGGUUUACGAUGAUGAAGGGCGGGAAAUUCCUGGUGGCGGGAAGGGCUAUCGCUAUUUUGGGAGGGCGAAGGAGUUGCCUGGUGUCAAGGAGUUAUUCGAAGCUGCCUCCCGGAAAGCGAGAGGGGUCCCGGAGGAAGAGGAGGAGGGUGCUGGUGCUGGUCGUGGUGGGGAUAUUGCCACCAGGAAGGUUGAUGCCAACUACUUCGGCUACGGACUUGAUGAAGAAGAUGGCACUCUGCUCGCUUAUGAAAAGCAGAAGGAGAAGGAAGCGCUCGAGGGCCUCCGUAGCCAAGGUGAUGAUGAUGCUGAAGACGGCUGGCAGUCGUUACCGGGUGAUGCAGGCGACGGCGUCGAGUGGCGACUACCCACACCGGAUGAGGUCCACGAAGAGCUGAUUGAUCGCCGGCGCAGACGUCUUCUAGACAAGAUCUCAUGA